AUGGCUGCGACAGCGUCUAUACCGUCUUCUCCAGGUUCUUCGUCACUUCCAUCGCCCCCAACGUCGCCACAGCUUCACGCGCGGCACGGUCAUUAUGGUCCAGGCGAUGGCCACCACGGCCUGGCCGACUCUCUAGCAGGAAGUCCGCUGUCUAUUGCAUCGUCUAUCCCGUCCGUCUCGUCGUCGUUCAUGUUCUCGCAGAGCGCAACCUCGUCGCCACCGUACAUCGACCCAUCGCUGCUGCCUGGAGGCCACGCCGGCGGCGAGCAUGGGAGCCGUAAUCAUACAGACUCUGAACAUGAUCCAUUGGGAUUGGUUAUCCCGUCGCUGAUGCUUCCCCCACCUGUGAGCUCGUCAGAAGGGACCACGGGCAGCAGCCGUGGUGGACGCGGCCACCGAGGACGGCACGGCGCUCAUCAUCACCAGUCUGCGUAUGGAGAAACACUGGGCUCACUCGAGCUCUUCAUCUUUGGCCGCCGUGGCUCUGGCAAGACGGCGAUUGCAAACCUGCUCGUCGAUGGCAAUGACGACGUGAUUAGCACGGCCGGAUGGCAUAACGGGACCUUGACGGCGUCGACAUGUCUACGGGAUUCACAUUCAAAGCGCGGAUUGCGUAAUGUCCGCAUAACCGAAAUAGAAGGCUUCGACGAGGAAGAGGAUCAGGCUGCAGAGGCUAUCAAGCCAUUGAUGCGCCUGCUCCACGAAAGAUUCGAGCUCGUGCAGACAGGUCUCUCGCCCGAGCUGCCCACAAGUCCGCAGGUCAUGGAAAUGCUCGCGUCUAACAAUUCUCCACUGCCUACAGCACUCAUCUUUCUUCUCUCUACCCCACCCACUGCGCUGGAGCUUACACUCCUCUCACUAAUAUCAACGCAUAUACCGACCAUAACGUUACCACCGUAUCCUACGUCAAUUUCCACUGUUCCUUCGUUUUCAUCGAUGCCAAAGGGGUCUCAGUCGACAAUCCUCCUUGGGCCACACCGAGAAUCGCCAAAUGCGCACGCUCCUUUUCGACCCCGCAACACGCUCGAGCUGAGAGCGGGGUUGUUUAGGUCUCCAGAGACGCUACGAAAGCUAAGGGAGAGCGCCGCUGAGCGGUUUGCUCACUGGAGGGAAAUUCUCCAUGCCUGCGACGAGAUGGACCGAGGUGCUUGGGCGAUCCCAAUAUCUCUCUCAGAAAGUAACCAGACCGAGAAAAGAGGCAAGGAUGGGCACGGCACGAUUAGAAAGAAGAAUCUCGAAUGGGAACUCCGUCUCUCUCGAGAUGUCACCAUUGCCUUUAACAACGGCGUGGGCAAGAACCGUGCAGCGGCAAACAAGUCCUCAGAGGUUCUAGCAUCUAUGGAAGGCGGAGAAGCCAGAGGCGAUGAGAAACCCGCUCUGGCCGAGCGCACCUCUGAUCCAUUCUACUUUAACGAUGUCCUCGACGUACCUGACCCACUCCACAUCCCUACCUUGUUCCGACUGUCUACUGCGUUGCUGGGUGCAUUUGGGAAAAGGCUAGUCUCUUCCCUCAUCGAGAGGCCAUCGGCACGCCAGAUGGGUUCUGGGAGCUACGAGAAGCUACAUGAUGACGAGGAGACCGAAAUAGAAGGUAGCUGGACUCUGAGCAAGUGGGGUAUCGCUGGCCUGGCGUUUGCCAUAGGGUAUUACGCGGCUCGAUUGCUCGCCAAAUAG